AUGGGAUACCCAGAUCACCUUGAAGAUCAGAUUGACGCUUUCUGGAGAGAUUACCCAUCAGAGGGAAACCUUCAACACACAAUUUGGGACUACUCUUACUCUUUUGACGAGGAUGCUUGUCAGGCUGAUAGCGAAGGACUUGAAGAUCGCGUGAUAGGGUCUGAAAGCGAUUAUUCAUAUCACAACCUAUCUUUUGAUAGCCACAAUCAUGAUUUGGGUGCUGAUACUGCGUGGAUGUGGAACGAAGCCUCAUGUGCUGUUGAUUCGCAGUCUAUACUUCUUUCAGAUCCUUUGCUCAACUAUGAUAACUUUAACGGCGCACAUGAAGAAUCCAGCUGUUUUGCAAACCCCAUCCCUGAUCUUACAGGAGAACAGUCAUUGGCAACGUCCUCUCAACAAUUUCCACCAACCUCCGGUACCGCUCACGAUGCUUCCAUUUCGCAUAUUGAGGAGAUCUCCAAAAGUAACAGUUCAUUUUUAGUAGUGAGAAAUGAUACAAACAAACACUCUCACACUGUGCUGACAAGAAACACCAACGCAGGGAGCUCGAGAGUGAACAGAUCUGGAGGAGUCACAAAGCCAAAAAAAGGUCGGAAUGAUCCGUGGAUGUUGGAAGAUAAGAUCGACAAUGCUCGAUCGACAUAUGCAACUCUCGUCGGGGAGAGACAAGAAGCGCGAUCAUUGUGUAAUUCCCUCAUGGGAAUAUCCAAUGUCAGUACGACCGACCAGCCUCCUCCUCCUGGUGCCUCAAAGCAGAGCUUAGAUCCAGACGAUACCAAAUUGGCUGGUAAGAGCCUUCUGACUGCUCUGACCAACAGGAACUCCCAAAUCAGGAGCGAAAUUAAGAUGAUCAAGCUACAGAUCGACAUACGAAACAAAAGCCAGUAA